AGACACAUUUAUUUAGUCUGUUCCCACUGUGAAACUUAUUCCGCAACCGGAGGAGGCGAGACUGUGACAGCCCAUCCUCAAACCAACAACACAAUCUGCUUUUGAAACAGUAGUCGGCGUGCUGAGCCAGGAGCUAACCAGUAGCUGUCUCUCUCUGUGAGACCUGGGACACCGAGGCGAGGGGGAGAGCUCAUUCCACAACACGGCAGUCCUCCAUGGCUCUGUGCAACGGAGACAGCAAGCUGGAGAUCAGCAGCGCAGAGCAGAAUGGGUCAUGUGAGGGGGCGGUGGCGAUCCUGGAUGCUGGGGCCCAGUAUGGCAAGGUGAUCGACAGACGGGUCCGAGAGCUCUGCGUACGCUCGGAGAUCCUUCCUUUAGAGACCCCGGCCUUUGCUAUCAGAGAACAGGGCUACAGGGCAAUCAUUAUUUCAGGAGGUCCAGCCUCUGUGUAUGCAGAAGAUGCCCCCUGGUUUGACCCUGCCAUAUUCACCAUAGGAAAGCCUGUUCUUGGGAUUUGCUAUGGGAUGCAGAUGAUGAAUAAAGUUUUUGGGGGCACAGUACACAAAAAGAGUGUAAGGGAAGAUGGAGUGUUCAGUAUUGGACUCGACAACACUUGUUCUCUCUACAGAGGCCUUCAGAAGGAGGAACUGGUCCUGCUGACCCAUGGAGACAGUGUGGAUAAAGUGGCUGAUGGCUUUAAGGUGGUGGCCCAAUCAGGAAACAUCAUUGCUGGGAUUGCUAACGAACAGAAGAAGCUGUACGGGACACAGUUUCACCCUGAAGUUGACCUGACGGAGCGAGGUAUGGAGAUGCUGCGUAACUUCCUCUUUGAGAUUGCAGGAUGCACAAGUAACUUCACCGUACAGAACCGCCAACAGUCCUGCAUCAAUGACAUCAGAGAAAAAGUGGACAAAUCCAAAGUACUGGUGUUGCUGAGUGGCGGAGUGGACUCCACUGUGUGCACAGCCCUCCUCAACAAAGCUCUGAACCAGGACCAGGUGAUAGCAGUUCACAUUGACAAUGGCUUCAUGAGGAAGAGGGAGAGUCAGAGUGUGGAGGAGGCCCUCACCAAGCUGGGCAUCAAACUCAAAGUGGUGAAUGCAGCUCAUACCUUCUAUAAUGGAACAACAACCCUUCCCAUCUCUGAGGAGGACAGGACGCCGCGGAAACGCAUCAGCAAGACCUUAAAUAUGACCACCAACCCUGAGGAGAAAAGGAAAAUUAUUGGAGACACAUUUGUCAAAGUGGCAAAUGAAGUGAUAGGCGAGAUGAAUCUGAAGCCAGAGGAGGUUUUCCUGGCCCAGGGUACCUUGAGGCCCGAUCUCAUCGAGAGUGCCUCUCACCUCGCCAGCGGCAAGGCAGAGGUCAUCAAAACACACCACAAUGACACCGAGCUCAUCCGCAAACUCAGAGAUGAGGGAAAAGUAAUUGAACCACUGAAAGAUUUCCAUAAAGAUGAGGUCAGAGCGCUGGGGAGGGAGUUGGGACUGCCAGAGGAGAUUGUCUCUCGACACCCUUUCCCUGGUCCUGGUUUGUCCAUCAGAGUGAUUUGUGCAGAGGAACCUUAUAUCUGUAAGGAUUUUGCUGAAACAAACAACAUCCUCAAAAUCAUCACAGACUUCUCCGCCAGCAUCAAAAAGCCCCAUACCUUGCUGCAGAGAGUCAAGUCAUGCAUAUCGGACGAGGAAGAGGAGAAGCUCAUGCAGAUCACCAGCCUUCAUUCACUCAAUGCCUUCCUGCUGCCCAUCAAAACUGUUGGCGUCCAGGGUGAUUGCCGGUCCUACAGUUACGUGUGCGGCGUCACAAGUAAAGAAUCCCCACACUGGGAAUCUCUCAUGUUCCUGGCCAGACUCAUCCCUCGCAUGUGCCAUAGCAUCAAUAGAGUUGUGUAUGUGUUUGGAUCCCAUGUGAAGGAGCCUCCAACAGACAUUACUCCAACCUUCCUGACCACAGGCGUUCUGAGCACGCUCAGACAGGCUGACUUUGUAGCUCACUCUAUCCUGAGAGAGUCUGGCUACUCUGGAAAGAUCAGCCAGAUGCCGGUCAUCCUGACCCCCCUGCACUUUGACCGUGACCCACUGCAAAAGCAGCCGUCCUGCAGGCGCUCUGUGGUGGUCCGUACCUUCAUCACCAGCGACUUUAUGACUGGCAUCCCUGCAAUGCCUGGCAACCACAUCCCAGAAGAGGUGGUGCUGAAGAUGGUAAAUGAGAUCAAGAAGAUCCCAGGCAUCUCCAGAGUCAUGUAUGAUCUGACCUCCAAACCACCGGGCACCACAGAGUGGGAGUAAAACACAACAUGGCGUCAUACCGAUAGGACACACACACGAUGCACAAACACACUCAACAGAUUUCAGAGAGGGCUGGUGAACUUCUCUCCUUCUCCUCUGUCCUUCCUCCCUUCCAACCUCUCUUCACCUUCCCCCUCCUCUCUCCUCUACCCCCCCUCCUCUCUCUUUAACAUUCCCAUGGAAGGCAGACCGUACUGUGACGGGCGCACAUGCAAAGGCGCUACUGCUCUGCUCUCCCCACCACUCUUCCCUGGUCUUAAUAUUUUUUGGCGAUAGGGACUGAUUAAUGUUGGUUAUUGAUAAUAUAUUGUCAUUUUUGAUCCACGUUCAACAAUGUAUUUCCUCUGUAUGACGAAAAGAUAAAUUGCUGCUUCCUUUUGUGAGGUAAACCAUUAAAGGCAAGUGGCGAGAAGCUGUGAAAGUUCAGAAAGUGGACUUGAUGUUGUGCCUCAGGUUAUUGGAUGAGCUGAACAUGAAAACAAGCAAACAAUAGUGUAAUGAAAAGGAAAAACAGCACGAGGCGGAUUUGAAAAUCUUCAGCAAUUGUUUUCUGCCUUUUUUGUCAAAUGUUUUUGUUUUAUUGUUGUAGGUCAGAAAGUUCUCCGCCUAAGACUAUCCUCUCUAUUUGUUCAUUUUCACUUCCUGCCUGUAUACUGUGCUCUGAAGAAGGUUGUCUGAACAGAAGUAAAACUGAACAGACAACCUGUGUGACCAAUCAACAAUUUUUAAGCUUUUUGUUUUGCCAAAAGUAGAAUAUGCUGUGGUGGUAUAUAACGUUGUGGGCUCCUCUGAUGAUCUUCUCCAAGCUGCAUUUGUUGACAAGAGCUGUUGAAUUGUUGCUGUACCCACUGUGGACAGCAGUCAACCCAAGAAUAGCUUCAGUAUAAUGACUGGCGUGCAGCUGUGCAGGAGGCCAAUAUGAUGGGUAACUUUCUGUGUGCCUGUUCUCUUGUGUUUUUUUUUUUUUUUUUUUUUUUUUUUUUGGUUUUGUUUUGUUUUUUUUUUUUCUUUGGUGUGACCCGACCUGGACUCUGAUGUUUUCAGAAAGGAGGAUAUAACACUGUUUCUCUUCAUGCUGCAAUAUGUAUGCUUUUUAUGAAGAAUAAACAUGGUAAGAUGACUAAUAACAAAAUUAUUAAGUACAGUAGAGUUUAUAACCACGGUGUGUAAAUUGCUGUUGUCACUUCAUCAUUAUUUGGCUGCUCUUGGGCAGGGGCACAUUUUUGCACAUGUUGUCUUUGAUUUCUUUUCACCCAUAAAGCCUCUGUGCUUUAUCAGGAUAACAGAAUCAUACAUCGAGUGGGAACUACAGUGUGUCGUUCUUUAGUGUCAAAGGUCAUGUUAAGAGUACUGUCAGUUUCCAUCUCUAACAUUUCAAUUCACUGUGUCUCAGAAAGGCAUUAUUACGUCAUUUAUUUCUGUUUUGUACAGUCAAAACAUCCAGCGCAUCAUAACCUCUAGUCUCCAGUCUUGUCAUUUAGACCUCAGUGAAUACGGUGCUCAGGUUUAACUGAGUUUUAAAAAGUGUGUUGUACCCCGUUUAGAGACAUUUCACUUGGACAUGGUGAUUCUCUCACCUCCAGAAUUUGUCUUUGUGCCUCUCAUCCUCUGUUAUAUCCUUAAGAUUUAGUGGCAAAAUACUCUUAAUGCAAAACGAAUGGUUUUCCUAACUUGUCUUAAUUGCUAUUAGUGUUUCUCCCUCUGCCUUUUUAUAUGUGUGCUUUUUAUGUUGCAUAUGUCUCCAUAGAAAAUGACAGCUUGAUAAUAAUACAUAUAAUUUUGUAGUUGGAUUUAAUUGCAAUAUCGAUAAGAUUAAGUUAUGCAAUUCUAUGUCUGUUUUUUUUUUGGUUUUGUUUUUAUUCUACAAUGCUCAUUCUCCUUAGUAACGUGCCUCAAACCAAGCCACUGCAUGCAGUUUCAACCAUGACGACAUUUGUACAAUGGAAAACUGAGCUUUAAUAAAGAUCUCCAUGUUGAAACUUC